AUGCUGGGUUCAAUGUUCCAAGCCGCGGUCGCUGCUGCGGCCAGCUUCUUUCUGGUAGGCUUAAUGUUGGCCGUCAUCCUCAUACUCUGCAAAUCCACCAAAAAACGACGUCGUUCGCAACCUCAACCCCGUACUCGGACCCAAGAUCUAGCUGUCCCCAAUUCGGACCAUUCCUCCAUCACAAUCGGCGAGAGCGCGUUGUUCGACCCGUUAUUGAACCGGGUUUCCAUGCAGGAGCUCCUCCAGGUGACCAGAAAUUUCCACCCGGAACUCAUCAUCGGCGACGGCAGCUUCGGCAUCGUCUACAAGGCCAAGCUCUCCGCCGGCGUCACUGUCGCAGUCAAGAAGCUCGCCGCAGACGCCUUUCAAGGCUUCCGAGAAUUCCGGGCCGAAAUGGAAACCCUAGGAAAGAUCCGACAUAAAAACAUAGUCCAAAUCCUUGGCUAUUGCGCAACAGGUUCAGAUCGGGUCUUAAUUUAUGAGUUCAUCGAGAGAGGUAGUCUCGACCAAUGGCUUUAUGACACAUCAUCUUCUUGGGAAAGCAGUGAAACCGAAAUGUCAUCAUCGUCCCAGAGGUUACCGUUAUCUUGGGGGGCGAGAAUCAAUAUAGUUAGAGGAAUUGCCACAGCAUUGUGUUAUAUGCACAAUUUGGAGACACCCAUUAUUCAUAGGGACAUUAAGUCUAGUAACGUUUUAUUGGACUCGAAUUUUGAGGCACAUGUCGCGGAUUUUGGAUUGGCUAGGAUGAUUGAGGGGGCACAUUCGCAUGUGUCGACUCAAGUGGCCGGAACAAUGGGGUACAUGCCACCAGAGUACUUUAGUGGGGCAACUAUGGCGUCGGUGAUGGGAGAUGUGUAUAGUUUUGGAAUUUUGAUGUUGGAGAUUGCUACAGCCCGACGCCCCAAUUUGCCUUUUAUGGGUGAGGAAGGGAAGGAAAUUAGGUUAAUUGAUUGGCUUCGAAAAAUGGUGGAACAGAACAGGCAUUUGGAAAUGGUUGAUGCAAAUAUACUGAGGGAUGAGUUAAAGGAAGACAUGGUUGUGGAGUUCUUUAGGAUUGCUAAGAUGUGUAGCGAUGAGGUUUGUAAAUUUAGGCCGGGGAUGCAAGAGGUUAUUGAGUUGUUGGAUAAAAUUAAUGUCCAAUCUCCUUGCUGGAUAUGGUGUAUGAUUGAGUUGUUUUACAAUGAUGGCAUCACUGUCUGUGCUGCUGGUGAUUGCCAACGUGAAGCAUCGUUUGGUGGAACUGCGUGA